AUGCCGAGAGGAUUACGGCAUAUGAUUGGGAUUUUGGUGCGGAGUUACGAAUGUCGCAUAGACAUCGAGCUCGACCAUUUAUUGAAUUUGUUGGAAGUUCGAAAGGCUCCUGGGGGGAAGAAGUUUUAUAUCUCGAGUAAGGCACGCCGAAAGAUUAUCAGCGGUUUUCCGAGCAAAGAUAGUUUUUGGGACGAAUGUUUCUUUUUCGUCCGAGUCAACGGGGCGUCGGUUGGCGACAACUUUAUCCGCAAGACCAAAACCGAUUGGGGACCACUUGUUCGCGAUUUUCUCCCCCGGUGUCCUAACGAUCUGUUCGAAGUUCAGGAUACGUUAGCUGCUAACCGAACCAACUGGAAACGACACUUUUCGCUGGAAAGAGUCGAACGAGCUCGGUCUAUUGCUGUGGGUGUCCCAGUCAGCUCUGAACUAUCGAACUCAUCAGGUGAUACUCGCGACAAGAUGGUGAUGGAGACUUUCCGGGAAAGAAAGAAGAGAGAGGCGGAAGAAGCAGCAAGACGAGCCGCCGAGGCUGCUAAGAGAGUUGAGGUCGAGCCGAAAGAUGCACAACAAGCCGGUAACGAGGCAUCUGUGAUCGGCUCGGGGAAUAGAGGUAACCAGAGCUCUGGUCGUGAAGAUGGCGAGAUCGCUCCCGAGGCGACCUCUAACGUUCCCGACGAGCAGAAGUCAUCUGCUGAUCCGACCAAGUCGGCCAUUCUUGCUCUCCCUCAUUCGCCGAGGCCUCCAAAAUCCAAGCUCGUGAAGCACGAGGCGAUGAAUCGCAAGCGAUCUGCUGCGGAGAAAGGUAAAGGUGGCGCUCCCGACGAAGGUGAGCCACUUAAGAAGAGGCAGAAGGCGGCUGCUGGUGAGGUGAACCCGAAAAAACUCGUUGUGGACUAUGCCUUUGCUUCCGCCCAAUUGUUUUCCAAGGUUAAUAACGAUAAGGUUUCCUUGCCGCGCCCCAAGAAGCUAAAGCGACCAAAGUCUUACGCCGCGAUGCUCAGCACGCUAUUGGUGGGCUAUGAAUCCGACGCACUCAAAGGUGAGCGUCGAUUUGUCGAGGCGAAGCAGGAGGUUGUGCAGUCGAAGGCUGAUUUGGAAAAGGCGUUGGCCCGAAUCUCUGUGCUUGAGGAAGAGAAAGGAGCCAUGAGGGCCGAGCUCGAGAAGGCGACGAAUCGAUUCGAGGAGUCUCGUUGUCGGAAAAACAGCGAGAUUGCCUCCUUGAAGAGGCAAAUCGUGGCGAAGGAAGGGCUGCUCGAGUCUCGAGUCAAGAUUGCUCAGAAAGAUGCCAGGCGCGCUGCCGCGGUCAAGUUUCAAGAAAAGCUCGUCGAGAUCGAAGGGAAAAUGGGUGAACUGGAAAAGGCUAAGAGGGACGAGAACGACCUUGGUCAGAUUCGGAGUAACCUUGUGCUAAUCGGGGAUCUCCGAAAGCCAGAUGCCAGCCUCGACGCCGAAGAGGAGAAGCUGAAGAAUUUGGAGGUCGAGCUGCUGGGAGCCGAGGAGACGUUUGAGCGUGCCGCGACGGACUUGCGUGAGAGGUUGGUGGUUUCCCCGGUAUCUCCAGAUUCAGUCGACUCUCGCUUGGGAAACGAGCCGCUGGAGGUUACCGCGGCUUCAGUUGGGGUUACGAAUCCGACCGGUUCGAACAUCGAUACUCCGAUAGCUAGUGGUCUUGCUGCUGAGGGUGUUCCCGAGCUGCGUGCAGGAGAUCAGUAA